CUAUCAAGGAGUUCCCUGAAGACAUGUUUUCCAAUGACGAGCGCAAGAGUGGGGCCGUCCUGCUGCACAUCGUGGCGGUAAGAAAGCGCUUUGAAUGCUUCUAUCACUAGGUAUGACACGUUAAUCACUAACCCAGUCCAAAAUCAACCUGUAAUUCCCCCACCUAGUUAGUGGACACUUCUUGAUUGUCCCUGAGACUGUAGGUAUUUUUAUUUUUCACCUUUAUUUAACCAGGUAAGCCAGUUGAGAACAAGUUCUCAUUUACAACUGCGACCUGGCCAAGAUAAAGCAAAGCAGUGCGAUAAAAACAACAACACAGAGUUACAUAUGGGGUAAACAAAACAUAAAGUCAAAAAUACAAACAGAAAAUAUAUAUACAGUGUGUGCGAAUGUAGUAAGUUAUGAAGGUAAGGCAAUAAAUAGGCUAUAGUGCAAAAUAAUUACAAUUAGUAUUAACACUGGAAUGAUAGAUGUGCAAAAGAUGAUGUGCAAAUAGAGAUACUGGGGUGCAAAUUAACAAAAUAAAUAACAAUAUGGGGAUGAGGUAGUUGGGUGGGCUAAUUUCAGAAUAGCUGUGUACAGGUGCAGUGAUUGGUAAGCUGCUCUGACAAACUUAUACUUAAGCAAUAAGGCAUGAGAGGGUGCGGCAUAUGGCCAAUAUACCACGGCUAAGGGCUGUUCUUAUGCACGACGCAACGCGAAGUGCCUGGAUACAGCCCUUAGCCCUGGUAUAUUGGCCAUAUUCCGCAAACCCCAGAGGUGCCUUAUUGCUAUUAUAAACUGGUUGCCAACGUGGCAUACCCGUGGCUUUCAGCCAAUACAAUGGCUUUCAGCCAAUUAGCAUUCGGGGCUGGAACCACCCAGUUUAUAACACACUACACUAUAUUCUACGCCAGGGGGAUUCAAAUCUUACCCUACGAGCGAGGUCCGGAGUCAGAUUACUGCUAGUUUUCUGUUCUACCUGAUAAUAAAUGUCCUAGGUCUAAAUCAGUCCCUGAUUAGAGAGGAAUAAUGAGAAGGAAAAAAAGCAGCGGAGCUGUUAAAAAACUGGCUAUUUACACAAGGACACAGAAAAAAACACGACCGCACUGCUACGCCAUCUUGGAAUGGGCAAUAUAAGAAUGACUCCACCUAGACCUUGCUCUUAGAAUGAUGGCUGGAGUUUCCACCAGUGGUGUCAUGCACCACAAAUGUUUGAAGGGGCACUGAUGGCGUCAUUCAAUAUCUUCACAUUAAUUAUGUUUAUCUUGUUUUUUAAUAUCCUGAAAAUGUUAAAUAUUUAACGGUCAUAGGACCCCCACAUUCUUUCAGAUGUACAAGUAUGAUCAAGAGGUGUCUCGGUAGGGGGCCAAGGGUUGAAUUUGGACUGGCAUACCUCGAUCUCCUUUACCCACAAUACACCUCAGCUUGAUCUCACACCAGGGGAGAACGACGUCCCCCUCUCAUUAAAGCCACGGAAGUUCAAGGCCGACCGCGGUACUGCAGGUAUUGUUAGCAGAAAACAUAAUCCCCCAUUAGAGGGAAUGGAAAAAUGGCAAUCUUCGUGGUCAAUAUUUGUGUAAUUUUUUUUUGGGAAAACAAUAUCAAUAAUUGCAUCUAAUACACCAGAUGUAUGUCCUUGAACCGAUUUAUGAAGUUACGGUAAAACUUCAAUUAAUAGCCCAGCUGUUUAUUUGCUUAAAUCACUGAACACAACAGGCACUUAUUAGUGACAGGUUUCUAUUUGAGCCAGGUGUGCAUCUAUUUCCUUAAUGCACACAGCUUUUGCUCAUUUGCAUAGUUAAUUGUUUAAUUCCAGCAUUCACUUUCAGCAUUUUAAUAAAUGUCUUCAUUUCCUGCACUAAUGUGUUAUCAUUUACACACUGUCAUGUUUCUUUCGUCUUAGUAUGCCUCUAUUUAUUUUUUAACAACACUUUUCCUUGACAGAAUAAUGAUUCUCCUCUUUGACUGUGCAUUUUCGGCAGUUCUUACUUUCGCCACUAGAGCGCGAUCGGGCGAUUUCUAGGGGUCUGUACUCCCGAAGUUGUUGACUGUUUUUGUGCUUGCCAGCUGUUCUCAGCUGUUAGCAGCAAAUGGCUAGCAGUUUGCCAUCAUUUUCUCGAGUCAUUAAUAAAUUAUUUGUAAACAAUACAUGGUAAUUCAUGUUAACCUUGUAAACAAUUCAUUUAGACCCGGCGUUUAUUUGAAAAAGGUGUUUAUUUGCUGAAAUGUGUGCCGUUGCCCGGCAAUUAAAAGGGACAGGCGGCUAUUUGAGACUGCAUUUAUUUGAAGUUUUACCUUAUAAGGAUAAUUUAGUUGCUAAUGGCAGCCUGCAGUACCCCAGUCGACCUUCAACUUGAGUUACUCAAUGAGAGAGCCAGCAACGUCACUUCCUGGAGUAACUCAAACUGCGCAUGUUAUAUCUCCAAGACUCAAGAGAUGCUGUCUUUAACCAAUUUAAUUUGGCUUCAAUGCGCUAUUGAGUCUUCACAUAGGAAUGAAUGGUGUCACGUGAUCAAUGGCUUUAUCCAUUCAUAUAUACAGUCAUUGUCUCACACUAAAGCAGGGGCUCAUGCCCCCUCCUAUAUCCUCACAAACCCUGGCCUGCUGUGUUCUGCCCUGGUCUAGGAGCUAUUUCUCAAUUACUUGCUCACAUUAUGUAAUAGGUGUGAAGUUAAGAUGAGGAAUCUUGAUUCAUUGUAAUGUAAUGCUAUGAGGGUGAGAUAAGAGGAUGGAUGGUAAAUUGGAGCCAAUAUACAAUGGUUGUACAGUGCCCCCUGUGGAUGGGCUAGAGCACAGCACCCUCUCUGGAGCCCCAUGAUGUCAGUCCUGAUCUAUAAUUUAAAUAAAUAUCAUGUCAACUGUACUGAAAUAGGAUUAUUUUCUUCUCUCACACAAGGGUAAAGAACAAUAGCCUGGUCCCAGAUCUCUUUGAGCUGUCUUCCCAACUGCUAUGGUUAUUCAGCAUGACAAUGAUCAUAGGAGUUGGCUAUACAGCACAAACCGAGAUCUGGCACCAGGCUAGAGGAAUACUAUGCACUGCAGAAAUUGUCUAAGCAAUGAAUACAGUUUUCGAAGUGAUGGGAUCAAUCCCAAAUCAACCCCUAGCCCCUACCCAACUAGUCAGUUGUUUAGAUCUGAGAGGAUCGGAUCUGUAUUAUUCUACCUAAUCCAGUAGUAGCUGUUCCAUCUUUCCUCCAGAUACGAUAUUUAGCAUUUUCACCACAUUUCUUACUAGAUGUAUCUAAUCCUAGAUGUAUCUCAUCUUCUUUGAUGUAGUGCUCUUUAGCUUUAUCCUUCAGCUCUCCUUCAUUCCUUCAUUGAGAUCUUCCAAGUUUCCUAUCAGUUCAGCCAAUUUCUGAUGAGUUAACGUUUCACACACACAUACACACUGCCUCUUCUCUCCCGUCUCGACAGGCCCUCUAUAUGUUCCUGGCUCUGGCUAUAAUCUGUGACGACUACUUUGUUCCGGCGCUGGAGAAGAUCUGUGAGGUGAGAGACCCUUGUCAGGUCACACAAUCUGGUGAAACUGGUCUGAGAUAUUAGCAUGGGCCACCAUGGCUCUAGCAUUAUGUCCUUACCACGGGUGAGUUUUCUGCCAAUUUAGCAGCUAGGGCGGCACUUUACUUCUCUCAAGUAAUGCUUUUGAUAAUCAAUAUGUUCUGCAUGAGCUGAAUAAAAUCUUCCUAUUGAAGUACUUUGCUAUUCUAUGAGUGGUCUUGGUUGUCGAGAUGAUAAAUAAAGGGCCACAUUAACUACAAUGCUUUUGGGAAACUCAGUCCUGACUAACCACUCCUGUCUCCUUUUUCAUGCUUUCUCUCGGUCUGUCAGAAACUAGACCUAAGUGAGGAUGUUGCCGGAGCCACUUUUAUGGCAGCUGGGAGUUCUGCUCCAGAGCUGUUUGCCUCCGUCAUUGGUAAUAUAUGACACACACAUGCAAACACCACCACAAACACACACACACCCCCACACACACACCAAUAUACACCGACACACUCCUUUACACAACACAAAAAACCCAGAACUAAAAUCUUGUCAAAUCUAAUUGUAUUUGUCACAUGCUCCGAAUACAACGGGUGUAGACUUUACCGUGAAAUGCUUGCUUAUAAGUCCUUACCAACGAUGCAGAGUAUAAAAAAUAAAAUGGUAACACAAGGAAUACAAUAAAAUACACAAGAAUAGAGCUAUAUAUAACAGGGAGUACCAGUACCAGUACCAAUGUGUGACUAGGCAUCAGGAUAGAUAAUAAUACCAGUAAAAUAUAGAACAGAGUAGCAGCAGCAAAUGAUGAGUGUAAAAGUGUAUGCGUGUAUGUUUGUGUUGUGUGUGCGUGUGUGUGCGCACGUAUGUAGUGUGUGUGGGUUUUGUUUUGUGUGGGAGUGUAAUUACGUCAGAUGCUCGAUUAGGUUCUGGGGGGAGUUGUAUGAGAAAAGACACUAACGAAGUCUCCACCUCCCUAAAUGGAAACUCUCAGCCGGGGGACAGGGGGAGCAAGGUAUUGGCCAGUCUGAUAGUUUUAGCCAUGAUGCUCCUGUACUGCCCGCGUCUGAGUGAUGGAAGCAGGGAGAACAGGCUGUGACUCGGGUGGCUGAGGUCACUAAUGAUCUUCUUUGCCUUUCUGCGACACCUGGUGUUGUAGGUGUCCUGGAGGGCAGGCAGUGUGCACCCAAUGGUACCCAUGGGCAUUCUAUGUCUGUCCGCAAGAGAUUAACCAACACACACCAAUAUGUCAAAAUUCAACAACAAAAAACAGACACACCUACACACCAGGGCUGGGGUCAAUUCAAAUUGAAGGCAGUCAAUUUAGGAAGUUAUUUUAAUGUAAAAUUACAAAAUUGAAAAACUUUAUUGAGAAGUUAUUGAAAUUAGCUGCAGUUUUUAUUUUUAUUUUGAAUUUGUAUUUAAGUUUACUUCCUGGAUUGACUGCUUUCAAUUCAAAUUGACCACAGCCCUGCUACACACACACACCCUCUCCCAGAAAGUUAUUGUCAAGGCUGAUUGUGAUUGGUUGCUUCCCUAUGUACAGGUGUCUUCAUUACCCACGGUGAUGUGGGGGUGGGGACAAUCGUCGGCUCAGCGGUCUUCAAUAUUCUGUGCAUCAUCGGCGUGUGCGGAAUAUUCGCCGGACAGGUGUGUGUGUGUUUGUGUGCGCGUGCAGGUGGCUGUUUCUGUGUGUGUUACUGUGCAUCUGUGUGUGCGUGUGCGUGCAUGCAUGUGGGUCUCGUUUAGUGCAGCAUUUGCAUUUGGAUCACUUAUGGGCUGAGAAGUAAAUAGAAAGAUUGAGUUCUCCUAUGGGGAACCAUGUCCAGAUGUCUGGUAGUUAGCAAUUGCUCACAGCUGUCGUUCGUCUCUGGAAAGCAUAUUUCUGGGCCCGUAUUCACAAAGAAUAGGAGUGCUGAUCUAGGGUCAUUUUAGCCUUUUCAAUCAUAAUAAGAUUCUAUGGAAAUGUAACGUGUACGCUGGGAGUCGGGAUGCAAGUACAGGGAGUGAAUUUAAUAAUAAAUGAAACAAAACAAGAAACACGAGUAGCGUACAGACAUCAAUAACGCCUGGGGAAUAACCCGAAGGGAGUGACAGAUAUAGGGGAGGUAAUCAGGAAGGUGAUGGAGUCCAGGUGAGUCUCAUAAUACCGCGCAGGUGCUCGUAACGAUGGUGGCAGGUGUGCGUAAUGAACAGUCAACUGGCGACCUCGAGCACCGGAGAGGGGGAGCGGGAGUAGACGUGACAGGAAAGGAGGCACCUGAUCCUAGAUCAGCAUUUCUAGGCUGAGACACUUUAUAUAUACAAGGAUGUGAUCUCUUUCCUGACUGACUGUUCCUCUCUCUCUUUCUAGGUUGUCAUGUUGGGUUGGUGGUCUGUUUUCCGAGAUUCAUUCUACUACGUCUUGUCGAUCCUCGCUCUUAUUGCGGUAAGUCUGACAGUAAAAUGCACAUUACAUGUACUGUAUGUGACCAUAAGUAAUAUAUUUAUUUUGAUAUUUUAUUAGGAUCCCCAUGAGUUAUUCUGAAAGCAGCAGCUGCUCUUCCUGGGGUCCACACAAGUCAUGAAACAUGACAUAAUACAGAACAUUAAUAGACUAGAACAGCUCAAGGACAGAAGUACAUAUUGAAUAAUUCCUAACUGGCAUUGUUUUCAUUUCUGCCUGUGCUCUUUUUGUUCCAGUUCAUCUACGAUGGGAAGGUAGUGUGGUAAGCGAGCCCCACCUCUUUUCGAUUGGUCCUUAAAUAAUACCUUGAUGUGAUGGAAUUUUCAUUAGUUGCGUGUCUGAACUGUGGGGCUCCUUAUUGGGUGAUAUGAUGGGAUUUAAUUGGUCUUUAUUGGGUAACUGUGAUAUGAUGGGAUUUCAGUCGUUGACUCUCCCCUGUGUCCGUCUCAGGUGGGAGAGCCUGGUGUUGGUGCUCAUGUACUGUGGAUACAUCAUCAUCAUGAAGUAAGUGCUGCACUACUGAGUCAGUGAAAACUCAAGGCCCAAUGAAAUUGAUGUGGUGGGGGAGACAGAUUUUCAUUUUUAAGAUAUCAUCUUUUUUUUCUCUAAGAAAUAUACAAAGACUCAAUGCAAUAAUAUUGAAUUUGAGUGCGCCCUGAUUUUCUGCGGGCCGGAAGUUUUUAAUCUGUUUGUCUCUGGGUCAUCCAGGUCACUCCCCUAGUAAUAAUCUGUCUCUCAGCCCCAGCCUGCUCACUCCCAGCCCAGCCAUCUUCCCCCUCUGCAGUGGCUAAAGAGCACCAGGCUUAACUGGAUAUCACUUGUCUCCUGUCUUGUUUGGAGGAAGGGAGUGCUCCGACUGCCCUUCUAUGACCCAUUAUGAUGCCACUCAGACAAUAGCCUACUCGCUGACCAUUUCAGAUACCAUCCUAUCUUGCCCAUAGGGUUUGCUGUAUAACCUAUGUGUGCAUACAUACUGUAGGAUGUAAAAUCUACAACAUGGUUUCACAUUCACCUGAAGUUGCAGGACUGAGUGCCACAGUUAUUGUACACAUGAACAGUUGCAAAAAAUUUACUGCAGUUUACUGUAUACACAGGGACAGUUUCCCAGACACAGAUUAAACCUAGUGCUUGAAUACAAAUAUAUUUCAAUUGCGAUUAAGUAAGUUUAUUAAUCAGUGUCCAAGUAACUGGUCCCUAGAAUUUACAGACCACUACAGAGUGUUCAAUUAUUGGCUGUUGAUGAAAAAGUGAGGCGUUAACCAGUGUCCCUCUCUCCCCUCUUCUCCCAGGUUUAACCAGAGCCUGCAGAAGUUAUUCACGAGGAAAGGGGGCAAGGACAAGAAUCAGGCCAAUGGUAACGCAGCGGCCAGCAGCGAGAUGGAGGAUGGUAAUGCUAGUUAUGAUGACAGUGUGUGGGAUGACGACCCCAUCAUUGCCUAUACUCAGCACGGCAGUAGGUAAGGCUAACCAGGCAGGCAGUAGUACACACCAAGGCUUCUCUCAAGACAUGAGCUUAUUCUCUGUAUCUGUACUCGUCUUUUUUUAACCCCAAAAGUUGAUUAAGAUGAACUAUUGGUCAUUUCUGAUCAAAUAGGGUCGAGGCAAUGGCUGGCGUUUUGGUUAAAAUAUCAUAGACUUAGAUGACUCAUCUUUGCAUCUGUCCCAUUAUGGUAUCUGAGAGCACGGGCAGUGCCGUUGAAUCAAUCUCCAUUUUGAAGUAGUCAAAUUUCUUCUGCUCCUCCUUCUAUGAGUUGGUAAACAAACUGAAAGGGUGCAUACUGCCACCUGGAGGAAAUUGUUUGAACCGGUAUAAAGUCAAGGUUGGAAUGUGGACCAUCUUUGAGCAUGCUUUCUCGCGUGGAAAAGUAUUCUCACGCAAAAGAGGGAACGCCCACUUACACAGACAGGAACUGCGACCAUUUUUUAAAUUGCGGCCUUUAUGCAACAUCUUCAUUAACUACCAUCUUGGAGUUUACUACUUCAAAAUGGUAUAAGUCCUCAAUGCUGCUGCCCAUGCUAAAACAGGCUUUUGGACACUAUAGUUGUCUAGAUCUAAGUCUGUGUUGGGCAGGAAUAUGAACUUGUGGGUUCAUGGGAGUUGGGUAGGACUUCCUCUGUCAGUGUGGUGAAGGUGUUGCACUUCUACAAUCUCCAUUCUACUGUGCUGACUAACAGUGGGUAAGAGGUAACCUUCAGCUCAACCACAGCACUUGGUUCUCUCUAGCUCUACCAGAGGAGGCUGGUGGGAGGAGCUAUAGGAGGACGAGCUCAUUGUAAUGGCUGGAAUGGAAAAUAUGGAACGGUAUCAAACAUAUGGAAACUACGUUUGACUCCGUUCCAUUUAUUCCAUUCCAGCCAUUACAAUGACCCUGUCCUCCUAUGGCCCUUCCCACCAGCCGCCUCUGAUCUCUACCUCUCUCUCGCUCUUCCUGGCCUCCUUAUCUUUGGUAUUAAUGUCAUAAGUGGGUUGUAACUUGUCUAGAUGCGGCCAUAUCUUCCACUUUCUUUCCACUAAUGUCAAAGCGCCUGUCUGUUUAGCCUUACUAAACCCACUGUUGCUUGUUGUGUUGUGACUGUUUCUGCAUGCUAGAUUGCAGUGUUUCUCUGCUGUUUCUCUGCAGUAUGUUUCUCUGCUUGUCUCUUGAGGUAUCAACCCACUGCCUUGUGGUAAUGACUAUCCAAAUAUAUGGAAUGUUUGUGUCAGCUUUGUUUUCUUAGUAAUUCUAUAUAAUGAAUCAAUUUAAGAAUGUAAUAUAGAACCCUUAUCAGACCCUGAAUUCGUCCAUUUUACCAGGAAUAUGUGUAAAACACAAGUGGAAACUUCUCAUGGCAAGGUGUUUUUACACCUUUAAUGGAUUUUUGGUGUUUGAUGUUAGCAUGUUUGUGUGUCAGUCAGGGUUUCUGUUAGCUGGUAAUGGCUGGCAUUUGGCUGAUAAAAUAAAUUAAUUGAAAAGCCGAUAAAUAAAAUUGCUGCUGGCCAAAUGUCCAGAAGAUGAAGAAAACAUCCCAUUGCGAAAUAAUGCUUUUUAGCCUAUUCAUUGAUGGAAAUACCAGUCGAUGGAAAUACAUUUGACUGGUCAUGCUUAUCGGUCUAUAGGUACAUUUUCAAAAUGUUGUGGAAAUAAAUUGGUGCGUGUACAGUAUAUUCGCUGUGCAUCUUAUUUAUCACACCCGCACAGCAUACAGAUGCAGAGCCUUUGAGAGGAACAUCUGUCAGACAGCGUGAGAGCUGCUACUACAGCAUCUCAAUCAGCAAAUGCAUAGGCAACUGAAGGCAGGCAUCAUCAGAUGUCACACACCACUUUGCAAUGAGCUGGAGGCAGUAUGCAUUUUGAAAACAUAUACUUAAUUGUUUGAAACCUGAACGUUUUACUACAUACCUUGCUUCAAAGUAGCCUAGCCAAAAUCAGAUCAUAUCCGUGGAGGCAAUUCUUUUCUAUAACCUUUCUUUCAUUGUCUAGUAGCCAAAUGCACAAUCCUAGUCUUAUUAACAACCCACGCUAGUUGUUGCAUAUUAGAUCUCCCCUCUUUCUACAUUUCUAACGGUAUUUUCAUUUCUGUCACAUGAAACCGCUGGCUUGUGCAGUGUGUUUUGACAACAAUGUUUUCCCAUUAACUGCAUUAUGGAACAAACAUUCACGCGUAGUCUACUACCUUGUGCACAUUGCUGCCCUUAUGUGAAGAAAUAAUAGUUUAUCAACAUUUUAAGCUAAACUUUCUGAUCUGUUGCAUCACUCAUUGCUUUUUAACCUUUCUUUAAUGUAGCCUAGGCUACUAGUUGUAUUAAUUUAGGAUCUAUCAUCCCAAAAACGUCCCAUAGUCUGUUUGGAAUAGGCUAUUUCUUUCUCGGCAAGCUGACCAAUAGAAUAGGUAAACGUUUCUACUAUGGGGGAUAGUAUAUUGACAUAGGCCCCGUGUAGCUCAGUUGGUAGAGCAUGGCGCUUGCAACGCCAGGGUUGUGGGUUCGAUUCCCACGGGAGGCCAGUAUAAAAAAAAAAAUUCUGCACUCACUAACUGUAAGUCGCUCUGGAUAAGAGCGUCUGCUAAAUGACUUAAAUGUAAAUAGGGUAGUGAUUUUGCUGUUCGUUAUACUCUCUGGCUGAGGAAAAGUAAAUGUGGACAGUUAUUCUUCAUCUUCAAAGUGCACAUCAGAAUUCGGUAAGAAGGACAUCGUUGCAUCCUCGGUUUGCAUGUUCUGUUCAUAUGAAUUACCAUUAUCUAAAUGCGAUUUCUGUCAUUCUGAGCACCGGGUGGAUGCCCUAAUCUGGUUACACACCCAAUGCAUAUGGGUCCGGUAAAUUUCUCAAAUGUCCAGUAAAUUAAAAUGCUGUUCUCAAAUGUCCAGCGCCACAUUUUCCUAAUGGAAACCCUGGUGUGAGAUUAUGUGUGUGGGAGAGAGCGAGCGAGCGUCUGUGUGUGUCAGUUUUGAUGGUCUAAUGUGUCUGUCCGUCUCCAGUCAAACCCAGUAAGGCUUACAGUCGUGGGUCUGUGGUCAUGGUCGACGAGAUGAUGCAUGCCAACCCUUCCAAGAUGCGCUUCCCCGAGGCCGGCCUCCGCAUCAUGAUCACCAGCCAUUUUGGACCCAAGACCCGGCUGCGCAUGGCCAGUCGCCUCAUCAUCACUGAGGUACGGAUAGAGAGGGAUGUAACUGCAGAAAAGGGAUAGGGGAGCAGAUGGUUUGUUUCCAUAUUAGAGAAUGCAAUGGUCUCAGUUGUAUAGAUUUGAUAGUGCUGUCAUUGCUGUACAGUUGACUACCUGGGUCGUGUUCAUUAGGCACCAAAUGAGAAAAAAACAGACUGAAUCAAUCUGGUCUUGGUCCAAUACCAAACACUCCCUUUCAUUUUUCAUUGAAAAACGUGUUCCGAUGUGUGCCCUAAUGAACAACUCCCUGUUUUGCCUGUGACAGCGUCAGAAGCUGGUCCAGGGCGCCAACGGAGUGGAGACCCAGGUGCUGGAGGGGAAGGUGGACGUUGAGAACGGCAACGUGCCCGAGGACAAGCCUGCAGAGGAGGAGCCCGAAAACGAGACAAUCUCCCCCUUUCAUAUCCCAGGUGUGUGUAUGUGCUGUGUACAUGUAUUAGCGAGUUGUUUAUCCAGACAGAGCUUGACAUUACUGUAGAUAGUACAACAUUACUGUGGAUAGUACAUGUUUUAAUGUUAAGAUAUGGCUAAUCAGAUUUAAACAUUUGCUUACACUUCAGUAGACGUAUUGCUCUUACCCAAAUUAUCCUGUGACUUUAUCAUAUCAUAUCAUGACUAAUUCUAAUGAUCUUUGACAGACAGUUAUGUGCAUGGCAAACACUGCUCCAAUGUGUGUAUGAAACAUACUACGAAGUGCUUUAUGAUUGAAGUAGCUGAUGAGUUAAAUUGGUUGUGUUAGUGCUGGGCUAGACCAAAUACCUGCACCUUAGACUGCUGUCCUAUGUUCAUAGUCAUUGAACACUGGUCACUUUAAUACUGUUUUAACCACUUCAUAUGUACAGUCCAUUCGGAAGGUAUUCAGACCCCUUGACCACAUUUUGUUACUUUACAGCCUUAUUCUAAAAUUGAUUACAUUGUUUUUUCCCCUCAUCAAUCUACACACAAUACCCAAUAAUGACAAAGCAAAAACAGUUUUAAUUAAAAUAAAAUAUAUACAGUACAGUCAAAAGUUUGGACACCUACUCAUUCAAGGGGUUUUCUUUAUUUUUACUAUUUUCUACAUUGUAGAAUAAUAGUGAAGACAUCAAAACUAUGAAAUAACACAUAUGGAAUCAUGUAGUAACCAAAAAAGUGUUAUGUCUAUAUUUGAGAUUCUUCAAAGUAGCCACCCUUUUGCCUUGAUGACAGCGUUGCCCACUCUUGGCAUUCUCUCAACCAGCUUCACCUGGAAUGCUUUUCCAAUAGUCUUGAAGGAGUUCCCACAUAUGCUGAGCACGUGUUGGCUGCUUUUCCUUCACUCUGCCAUCCAACUCAUCCCAAACCAUCUCAAUUGGGUUGAGGUCGGGUGAUUGUGGAGGCCAGGUGUUCUGAUUCAGCACUCCAUCACUCUCCUUCUUGGUCAAAUAGCCCUUACACAGCCUGGAGGUGUGUUGGGUCAUUGUCCUGUUGAAAAACAAAUGAUAGUCCCACUAAGCGCAAACCAGAUGGGAUGGUGUAUCGCUGCAGAAUGCUGUGGUAGCCAUGCUGGUUAAGUGUGCUUUGAAUUCUAAAUAAAUCACUGACAGUGUCACCAGCAAAGCACCCCCACACCAUCACACCACCUCCUCCAUGCUUCACGGUGGGAACCACACAUGCAGAGAUCAUCAGUUCACCUACUCUGCAUCUCACAAAGACACGGCGGCUGGAACCAAAAAUCUCAAAUUUGGACUCAUCAGACCAAAGGACAGAUUUCCACCAGUCUAUGUCCAUUGCUCAUGUUUUUUGGCCCAAGUAAGUCUCUUCUUCUUAUUGGUGUCCUUUAGUAGUGGUUUCUUUGCAGCAAUUCGACCAUGAAGGCCUGAUUCACACAGUCUCCUCUGAACAGUUGAUGUUGAGAUGUGUCUGUUACUUGAACUCUGAAGCAUUUAUUUUGGGCUGCAAUUUCUGAGGCUGGUAACUCUAAUGAACUUGUCCUCUGCAGCAGAGGUGGCGGUCCUCAUGAGAGCCAGUUUCAUCAUAGCGCUUGAUGAUUUUUGUGACUGCACUUGAAGAAACUUUCACAGUUCUUGAAAUUUUCCGGAUUGAGUGACCUUCCUGUCUUAAAGUAAUGAUGCUCUGUCGUUUCUCUUUUGCUUAUUUGAGCUGUUCUUGACAUAAUAUGGACUUGGUCUUUUACCAAACAGGGCUAUCUUCUGUAUACCCCCAUACCUUGUCACAACACAACUGAUUGGCUCAAACGCAUUAAGAAGAAAUUAACUUUAAACAAGGCACACCUGUUAAUUGAAAUGCAUUCCAGGUGACUACCUCAUGAAGCUGGUUGAGAGAAUGCCAAGAGUGUGCAAAGCUGUCAAUUCUUUUUUGGUUACUACAUGAUUCCAUAUGUGUUAUUUCAUAGUUUUGAUGUCUUCACUAUUAUUCUACAAUGUAGAAAAUAGUAAAAAUAAAGAAAAUCGCUUGAAUGAGUAGGUGUGUCCAAACUUUUGACUGGUACUGUGUGUAUGUGUGUGUGUAUAUAUAUAUAUAUAUUUUGAAAUAUGACAUUUACAUAAGUAUUCAGACCCUUUACUCAGUACUUUGUUGAAGCACCUUUAGCAUUGAUUACAGCCUCGAGUCUUCUUGGGUAUCACACUACAAGCUUAGCACACCUGUAUUUGGGGAGUUUCUCCCAUUCUUCUCUGCAGAUCCUCUCAAGCUCUGUCAGGUUGGAUGGGGAGUGUCGCUGCACAGCUAUUUUCAGGUCUCUCCAGAGAUGUUUGAUUGGGUUCAAGUCCGUGCUCUGGCUGGGCCACUCAAGGACAUUCAGAGACUUGUCCUGAAGCCACUCCUGCGCUGUCUUGGCUGUGUGCUUAGGGUCGUUUUCCUGUUGGACGGUGAACCUUCGCCCCAGUUUGAGGUCAUGAGCGCUCUGGAGCAGGUUUUCAUCAAGGAUCUCUCUGUACUUUGCUCAGUUCAGCUUUCCAUCGAUCCUGACUAUUCUCCACUGUCGCUGAGAAACAUCCCCACAGCAUGAUACUGCUACCACAAUGCUUCACCGUAGGGAUGGUGCCAGGUUUCCUCCAGACGUGAAGCUUGGCAUUCAGGCCAUAGAGUUCAAUCUUGGUUUCAUCAGACCAGAGAAUCUUGUUUCUCAUGGUCUGAGAGUUCUUUAGCUGCCUUUUGGCAAACUCCAAGUGGGCUGUCAUGUGCCUUUUUACUGAGGAGUGGCUUCCGUCUGGCCACUCUACCAUAAAGGCCUGAUUGAUGGAGUACUGCAGAGAUGGUUGUCCUUCUGGAAGGUUCUCCCAUCUCCACAGAGGAGCUCUGUCGGAGCGACCAUCCGGUUCUUGGUCACCUCCUUGACCAAUGACCUUCUCCCUCGAUUGCUCAGUUUGGCCGGGCGGCCAGCUCUAGGAAGAGUCUUGGUGGUUCCAAACUUCUUCCAUUUAGGAAUGAUGGAGGCCGCUGUGUUCUUGGACCUUCAAUGCUGCAGAAAUGCUUUGGUACCCUUCUCCAGAUCUGUUCCUCGACACAAUCGUGUCUCAGAGCUCUACGGACAAUUCCUUCGACCUCAUUUGUUCUGACAUGCACUGUCAACUGUGCCUUUCCAAAUCAUGUCCAAUCAAUUCAAUUUACUACAGGUGGACUCCAAUGAAGUUGUAGAAACAUCUCAAGGAUGAUCAAUGGAAACAGGAUGCACCUGAGCUCUAUUUCGAGUCUCAUAGCAAGAGACUUGGCUCUGUCAUAUCCUCACAUGGUCUCUCCUAUCAUUGCUACGCAGACGACACACAAUUUUCUUCUUUUCCCCCUUCUGAUAACCAGGUGGCGAAUCGCAUCUCUGCAUGUCUGCCAGACAUAUCAGCGUGGAUUUCGGAUCACCACCUCAAGCUGAACCUCGGCAAGACGGAGCUGCUCUUCCUCCCGGGGAAGGACUGCCCACUCCAUGAUCUCGCCAUCACGGUUGACAACUCCAUUGUGUCCUCCUCCCAGAGUGCAAAGAACCUUGGCGUGACCCUGGACAACACCCGGUCAUUCUCCGCUAACAUCAAAGCGGUGAUCCGAUCCUGCAGGUUCAUGCUCUACAACAUUCGCAGAGUACGACCCUAUCUUACACAGAAAGCGGCACAGGUCCUAAUCCAGGCACUUGUCAUCUCCCGUCUGGAUUACUGCAACUCGCUGUUGGCUGGGCUCCCUGCCUGUGCCAUUAACCCCCUACAAUUUAUCCAGAACGCUGCAGCCCGUCUGGUGUUCAACCUUCCCAAGUUCUCUCAUGUCACACCGCUCCUCCGCACACUCCACUGGCUUCCAGUUGAGGCUCGCAUCUACUACAAGACCAUGGUGCUUGCCUAUGGAGCUGUGAGGGGAACGGCACCUCCUUACCUUCAGGCUCUGAUCAGACCCUACACCCAAACGAGGGCACUAUGUUCAUCCACCUCUGGCCUGCUAGCUCCCCUACCUCUACGGAAUUACAGUUCCCGCUCAGCCCAGUCAAAGCUAUUCGCUGCUCUGGCACCCCAAUGGUGGAACAAGCUCCCCCACGAUGCCAGGACAGCGGAGUCACUGACCACCUUCCGGAGACACUUGAAACCCUACCUCUUUAAGGAAUACCUGGAAUAGUAUAAAGUAAUCCUACUUCCCCCACCCCCCAUUAAAAAAAGAAAUUAAAAAAAAAAGGUGGUUGUCCCACUGGCUAUCAUAAGUUGAAUGCACCAAUUUGAAAGUGCUCUGGAUAAAAGCGUCUGCUAAAUGAUGUAAAUGUAAUAGCAAAGGGUCUGAAUACUUAUGUAAAUAAGGUAUUUCCCUUUUUUAUUUUUAAUGAAUUUGCAAAAAUGUCUAAACCUGUUUUCACUUUGUCAUUAUGGGGUAUAAAUGCAUUUAAUAUAUUUUAGAAUAAGGCUGUAACGUAACAAAAUGUGGAAAAAUUAAAGCGAUCUUAAUACUUUCCGAAUGCACUGUAUUCUAGUCAUGGCUCAUCCUAUAUAACUACUGCUGUACACCCUUUCUAUUCAUAUACUGUCCAUAAUGUCUAUACACAACAUCAAAUACAUAUAUAUUUAUAUUCUGGACUCUGACAUUGCUUGUUCUAAUAUUUAUAUUUUAUUAUUGUUUUGUAUGGUUAGGUAUUACUGCACUGUUGGAGCUAGAAACACAAGCAUUUCGCUACACCGCAUUAACAUCUGCAAAAUAUGUGUACGUGACCAAUAAAAUGUGAUUUGACCUAGUUUUUCCCGGACCAGAACACUGUUUUAGAAAGAAUUGUACGUCCUCCUAGGGUGCUAUUCCUUGCCACUCUGCUUCUGCUUGCUCUUUGGAAUUCUAGACUGGGUUACUGUAAAACACUUUGACUUGAUAUUAAAGGGGCUUUAUAAAUACAUGUGAUUGAUUUUACCUGCCCCUUCCAUCCUACAGUGGGCAUCAGCAGCAAGUGCAAGUGGCUGAUUUCGUGGCCCCUGCUGCUCCUCCUGUUCUUCACCAUCCCCAACUGUGCCAAGCCUCGAUGGGAGAAGUUCUUCAUGCUCUCCUUCAUCCUCUCUACUGUCUGGAUCGCUGUCUUCUCCUACUUCAUGGUCUGGAUGGUGAGUCUCAGGGUGUGUGUUGGGGGGUAGUUGUGUCUGUCUGUUCUGGUCACUUAUCAGUUGUAACGUGUGUGUGUGGUCGCAGGUCACCAUCAUCGGCUACACCCUUGGCAUCCCAGACGUCAUUAUGGGCAUCACUUUCCUGGCAGCGGGCACCAGUGUGCCAGACUGCAUCGCUAGUCUCAUCGUUGCUCGGCAAGGUACAAUUCUACUUUCUGUAAUUUCCCUUUAACUGUUUGUGAGGAUGGAAAUCAAGGGCAUCUACUCAUUGAAAAACAAAUGGUCCUAGACUGAGGUAUCUUCGGACUGUACCAUCUUUGGCAAAAAUCUUGUCUUAAGGCUUUUCAAAGUUAAUUCUGGAGGUUGCUUUUAUGUAAAAUGCUUAUAUUUGAAUGACAACUAUUUCUGUUUAGGAAUGGGUGACAUGGCGGUGUCCAACACCAUUGGCAGUAAUGUGUUUGAUAUCCUGGUUGGGCUGGGGUUGCCCUGGGCGCUACAGACCAUGGCGAUCAACUACGGCUCUGAGGUAAGAACAGCUAUAGGUAACGGAGUAGGGUUCAGUUGCCCCUAGUCGCUGAUCUUGGAUCAGUUUAGUAUUUUCCCCACUAAUGGUUAAGGUUAGGAUAGGGGGUGGGGAAGCUGAUCCUAGAUCUGGACCUUCACUCUGGCGCAUAGGGAACAGCUAUCCUAAGAGAUUACUGCUUUGCUUGACGUACAACUUUGUAACUCAAUAUGCACUGUAAAUACUUGUAGUUGUAGUAGUCAUCUUUCAGGAAGCGUGUACACUGAAAUGAAGUCAAGUGAUCUUGACUCUGAGAGCUUGAGUUGGAAGUGUUCAUCAGUCAUGUUUUGGAGAGGGAAUAACACAUUUUUUAAGGACUAAAUAACAAGUGUUUCAGUACUGAGUGAUUGAGUCCUUGACCCUACUGUCUCCAGCUCUCUCCUCCUCUCCCACACUUCUACUAGGGGUGCAUCUCAAUAGUAUAAAGCAUACUCCUGGCCAGAGAGGAAGCCAAUUAAGACUAUUGAGAUGCACCCCUUGAGUUAACUAUGACCAGAGCCAUGUAUUUAGAGUUGGGCCAACUUUUAUAAUUUUGAAUAUUGCUUUAAUCUAUACAUUCAGUUAAUAGUAUUUUUAAAUAUUCCCAAUGUAAUGUUAACUAUGACUUCCCCUCUAGGUCAUUAUCAACAGUCGAGGACUGGUCUACUCUGUGGUGCUGCUGCUGGGUUCUGUGGCUUUAACGGUGAGCAGAUUCCAUCCUCUAUAAAUCAGUUGAUAGAGCAUGGCGUUUGUAAUGCCAGGAUAGUUUUAGAUUCCCAGGACCACCCAUAAGUAAAACAUUUAUGCACGCAUGGCUAAGUUGCUUUGGAUAAAAACGUCUGCUUAAUGGCAUAUAUUAUAUUAUAUUAUACAUGUAUUAUAUUAUACAACUGACCAGAGUCUUACUGUGUAUAGAGACUACAGUAUCUAUGUCUCGGCCACUGUAAGACUGCCAGUGUAUUAGGCUGUGGCCAGACAGAUUUUGUUUCCUAAAAUUACGAAUUGAACCAAUAGUUUUUCAAAGGGAGUCAUCCGUUGACUGAUGACGGACAACGGAGAAGAUUGUCCAACAAAAAACACGCGUCUUUUUAAUGUACGUAUGCAAAUUUGAGUUGACAGGCAAAAAAAACAAAAAAACAAAACGGACAGUUGAUGAAUGCAAAUACGAUUUAAUCUGUGUUCUUGCGCCUCUGUGUGGCCUUAGCUUUUUAUUGGAAUGGUUCUGUUUUGUGGAUAUGGAUAAUGCUACUGUUCUGUCUCAAACUGCUGUGUGUACGUUCGAUUUCAAGAGGCACUAUGCAGAAAUCGCUCAAAUUCUAAUAGUUCACCUACUUUCAGUAUACAGUGCCGUGAAAAAGUAUUUGCCCCCUUUCUGAUUUUCUCUAUUUUUGUAUAUUUGAUACCUAAUAUUAGAUAAAGGGAACCUGAGUUUACAAAUAACAAAAAUGUAUACAUAUUUUAUUUAUUUAAUUAGCAAAGUUAUGCAACACCUAAUUCCCCUGUGUGAAAAAGUAAUUGCCCCCUUACGCUCAAUAACUGGUUGUGCCACCUUUAGCUGCAAUGACUGCAACCAAAUGCUUCCUGUAGUUGUUGAUCAGUCUCUCACAUCGCUGUGGAGGAAUUUUGGCCCAUACUUGCAUGCAUAACUGCUUUAACUGCUCGUUUCAAGUCCUGCCACAACAUCUCUAAUGGGAUUAGGUCUGAACUUUGACUAGGCCAUUCCAAAACUUCAAAUUUGUUGAUUUUUACAAAUUUUCAUGUAGACUGUGAUGGUUUGGGGAUGCUUUGCUGCCUCAGGACCUGGACAACUUGCCUUAAUAGGAACCAUGAAUUCUGCUUGUAUCAGAGAAUUCUACAGGAAAAUGUCAGCCAUCCAUCUUUGAGCUGAAGCUAAAGCGCAGAUGGGUCAUGCAGCAAGACAAUGAUCCAAAACACACAAUCAAGUCUACAUGAAAAUGGCUAAAAAGCAACAAAUGUGAAGUUUUGGAAUCGCCUAGUCAAAGUCCAGACCUAAUCCCAAUUGAGAUCCCUUACGAAAAAAGAUUGCAGUCAGAGUGCAAUAUAACUGCAGUAUGCUGCGCCCAAAAGAAGUUUGUUUUACUGUAGUAAUUUUGCAGUGUAACUGCAGUUCAACUACAGUAUAACUGCAGUUAUUCUGCAAUUACUGCGUCCAAAAUACUACAGUCGACUGCAGUUUCAAAACGUUAUUUUUUGUAAAGGAUGUUGUGGCAGGACUUGAAACGAGCAGUUCAUGCUUGAAAACCCACAAAUGUCACUGAGUUACAGCAGUUCUGCAUGGAAGAGUGGUCCAAAAUUCCUCCACAGUGAUAUGAGAGACUGAUCAACAACUACAGGAAAUGUUUGGUUGGAGUCAUUGCAGCUAAAGGUGGCACAACCAGUUAUUGAGUGUAAGGGGGCAAUUACUUUUUCACACGGGCAUUGGGUUUUGUAUAACUUUGUUUUAUUAAAUAAAUGUAAUAAGUAUGUUUGGUUAUUUGUUAACUCAGGUUCCCUUUAUCUAAUAUUAGGUUUUGGUUGAAGAUCUGAUAACAUUCAGUAUAAAAAAUAUGCAAAAGUAGAGAAAAUUAGAAAGGGGGUAAAUACUUUUUCACGGCACUGUAUGUGACAAAAGAAGCAAGUAUCGUGUAGAUAAUCAGUGUACCGUCUAAACCGCUGUGAAAUAGAGUACCAGUCAAAAGUUUGGACACCUACUCAUUCAAGGGUUUUUCUUUAUUUUUACUAUUUUCUACAUUGUAGAAUAAUAGUGAAGACAUCAACUAUGAAAUAACACAGAUGGAAUCAUGUAGUAACCAAAAAAGUGUUAAACAAAUCAAAAUAUAUUUUAUAUUUGAGAUUCUUCAAAUAGCCCCCCUUUGCCUUGUUGACCGCUUUGCACACACUUGGCAUUCUCUCAACCAGCUUCAUGAGGUAGUCACCUGGAAUGCAUUUCAAUUAACAGGUGUGCCUUAAAAGUUAAUUUGUGGAAUUUAUUUCCUUUAAUGCUUUUGAGCCAAUCAGUUGUGUUGUGACAAGGUAGGGGGGGGGUAUACAGAAGAUAGCCCUAUUUGGUAAAAGACCAAGUCCAUAUUAUGGCAAGAACAGUUCAAAUAAGCAAAGACAAAAAGGACAUGAAGGUCAGUCAAUACGGAACAUUUUAAGAACUUUGAACGUUUCUUCAAGUGCAGUCGCAAAAACCAUCAAGUGCUAUGAUGAAACUGGCUCUCAUGAGGACUGCCAGGAAGGAAUGGAAGACCCAGAGUUACCUCUACUGCAGAGGACAAGUUCAUUAGAGUUACCAGCCUCAGAAAUUGCAGCCCAAAUAAAUGCUUCACAGAGUUCAAGUAACAGACACAUCUCAACAUCAACUGUUCAGAGGAGACUGUGUGAAUCAGGCCUUCAUGGUCGAAUUGCUGCAAAGAAACCACUACUAAAGGACACCAAUAAGAAGAAGAGACCUGCUUGGGCCAAGAAACAAGAGCAAUGGACAUUAGACCGGUGGGAAUUUGUCCUUUGGUCUGGAGUCCAAAUUUGAGAUUUUUGGUUCAAACCGCCAUGUCUUUGUGAGAGGCGGAGUGGGUGAACCGAUGAUCUCCGCAUGUGUAGUUCCCACCGUAAAGCAUGGAGGAGGUGUUAUGGUGUGGGGGUGCUUUGCUGGUGACACUGUCUGUGAUUUUAUUUAGAAUUCAAGGCACACUUCACCACAGCAUUCUGCAGCGAUACACCAUCCCAUCUGGUUUGGGCUUAGUGGGACUAUCAUUUGUUUUUCAACAGGACAAUGACCCAACACACCUCCAGGCUGUGUAAGGGCUAUUUUACCAAGAAGGAAAGUGAUGGAGUGCUGCAUCAGAUGACCUGGCCUCCACAAUCCCCCGACCUCAACCCAAUUGAGAUGAGUCGGAUGGCAGAGUGAAGGAAAAGCAGCCAACAAGUGCUCAGCAUAUGUGGGAACUCCUUCAAGACUAUUGGAAAAGCAUUCCUGGUGAAGCUGGUUGAGAGAAUGCCAAGAGUGUGCAAAGCUGUCAUCAAGGCAAAGGGUGGCUAUUUGAAGAAUCUCAAAUAUAAAAUAUAUUUUGAUUUGUUAGUUACUACAUGAUUCCAUAUGUGUUAUUUCAUAGUUUUGAUGUCUUCACUAUUAUUCUACAAUGUAGAAAAUAGUAAAAAUAAAGGGAAAAACCCUUGAAUGAGUAGGUGUGUCCAAACUUUUGACUGGUACUGUAUAUUUUCCAUUGCCACAAAUAUUGUAUUUUAAGCUGUUUGAAGCUGGUGUACAAAACCGAAAGUAAAGAGUCACAAAAACAACACUUAAGAACGGGACGCAUAGAAAUAUAGUACAGAUCUACCGCUUCUUAGACUUGCUUUCAAUGAGAAUGACAGAUAUAUAACUCAUAUUCCUAUGUGAAUUUGGUCGGUCGCCCAAAAAGUUACAUAUUGCAGCUUCAAGUGAUAAAUUGGUGUUAUUGGAAAAAUUGUCCAAUAAGCUCAAUUACACGAAUGGAAAUCAUUAUUCGAUUAACAGGCGUCUUUUAAUUUCAAUUAGCUAAUAGCAUUUCCUAUUUUUCUUUCAGAAAUGAUCAUUCGCUGAAAUAAAAUAGAACAAUUUAGAACAUUUUAUAAAUGUAUAUAUUUCUGUCCCAUUCUAAACCGUGUGUGCGCACGCGCCGCCUUGCACGUGUGUGUGUGUGUGUGUGUGCCAGAGACAGAUUAACAAAAGUGUUGCCAGUAAUUUCUUGCUUAACCUUCAGCCACUAUUCAGGUGUAUAAACAGAGGUCUGAUGUACCUCUGACAAGGGUCGCGUUCCCCUGCUCGGACGUUACAUUAAUCAACCAAUGUUGCAAUGCCAUGUCAUCGACUGUCGGCCACCAGUUUGCUAUAACAUAUGAUGUGGUUAGCUGAGACGUAAUAUACCUAUCAAGGCGUUGUAAGAUCUGGCAUGCGUCAGCAAUGCCUGGGCAUAGGAACACACCCUAAGUAUGGUGUGCUGUGUGUGUGUUCCACCUCUGCAGGUGGGGGGGAUCCACGUGAACCACUGGAAGCUGGACCUGAAGCUGGGUAUCUACACGCUGGUCCUCUACGCUGUCUUCUUGUGUUUUUCCAUCAUGAUCGAGUACAACGUGUUCACCUUCGUCAACCUACCAAUGUGCAUGGAGGAG